UUGACAGCUAGACACAUUUACAAUCACGUGUUUCCGGUUGAAAAUAGACUCGUGAACGUGUGGGACCACUUAUGUGAGCUGAAUAGAAAUAAAACAAUAACACUUUUUUUAUAUACAGUAUUAUAUAUUGUGAGCUGGAAAAUGCUUCUAUUUUGUCCAACGUGUGGGAAUGUUCUGAUCGUGGAGGAGGGUCAAAGAUGCUACAGAUUUGCUUGUAACACAUGCCCGUAUGUGCACAACAUCACGAGGAAGGUAAAUAAUAGAAAGUACCCCAAACUGAAAGAGGUUGAUGAUGUUCUCGGGGGCUCAGCUGCUUGGGAAAAUGUGGACUCCACACCAGAACCUUGUCCAAAAUGUGAGCACCCAAGAGCCUACUUUAUGCAGAUACAAACUAGAUCUGCCGAUGAACCUAUGACAACUUUCUACAAAUGCUGCAAUCCACAAUGUGGGCAUCGGUGGAGAGACUAAAUCAGAGACUUCAGAUUUUGGACUAUGUUUUAGGCUCAGAGUAAAUGCUCAUAGUAGAAUCUACCCCACUGUUUUCACAUAUAAGAUUUAGUUUUUGUUUGUUUUUGUUUUUUUUUGGAGGGAGUGGGGAGCCAGGCAUUUAAAAAGUUUAGAUUAUGACAACAUAUGGAUUAGGAACCUCAGAUGCCUCAUUACUUUCUUACUUUUCACUAAUUAUAACUCACUAGUAUGUAUAUUUAAACAUUAAUAGAUGUUUCCAUUUAUUUAUAUGCAAUAAAUGCAACAAGUUUACAGCUAGGCUGGUCUGUCCUGGCGACUGAAACAUUUUUUGUGCGAGUAAUAAAAUAACCACUCAAAAGCUG